GCUUGUGUCUGUCUGCGUGAUAAACGCGUGUGCGUGGAAGUGUGCGUGUAUAUGCAUGCAUGCGCGCGUGUGUGUGUGUGGAGAGGGCAGAUACAGUAGAAAGUCGGCAGUGUUCUUCCACAUAAGCGAGCAAGAGUUGAACUUGGUGCGAUGGCGUGCGGACGACUUCUUUCUGGGUCACCCGGAGCGUUUUAAAAAAAAAACCGGAACAGUCAGCUUUGCUCCACAAGCACGAGGAACAGCAACAAAGAACGGGAGCGCGCAUUCAUGGGACGCGACUUUGACAGGUUUCGCCUGUAACUUCAUUUUUUUUUUUUUUUUUGAAACCGACGAUUCGCGAGGAGAUCAUGGCCGAGGCGGCUCUCCCCGACGUGGCCAUCGACCCGGAUUUCGAGCCGCAGCAGCGGCCCAGGUCGUGCACCUGGCCCCUUCCACGCCCGGACUCGGGCGCCGUGAAGCCGGAGAGCAACGACAUCAUCCCCGAGGAGGAGGACGACGAGGAGGACGGCGCGAACCAGCAUAUGGCGGUCGGUGGGAACGCGUCCGACCGGAGCAGCAGCAGCCCGCUCCCCGACGGCGCGCUCUCCUCCCCCGGGCAGGAGAGCGGAGGCUCGCCGCGCUCCGCGCACUCUCCCUCGGCCGCCUCCGGCGCGCUCACCCCCAGCGGCUUGGCCGUUCAGCAGACCCCGAGGAAGGCGUCGUCUCGCCGGAACGCCUGGGGGAACCUCUCCUACGCCGACCUCAUCACCAAGGCCAUCGAGAGCACCCCGGACAAGAGACUGACGCUGUCGCAGAUUUACGAGUGGAUGGUGAGAUCCAUCCCCUACUUUAAGGACAAAGGAGACAGCAACAGCUCUGCAGGAUGGAAGGUAAGAAACACACACUACACACUCACCCAGCACCCCCUCCUUCCUCCAGCAAAACAAAAACAAAAAGCAUGUGGCGUGUACACACAACACUGUCAUCAGGGUCUCCUUCCAAGAUGAUGGCAAUUACACACCCCUGAAAAUAUGCAUAUAUUGUUAGAAUAAUGCAUCAAAGUAGCAUUAUCGUGCUGCUGUCAUAUACUCUAGUCCAGUGUUUUUCAACCACACUAGUGUACCGUGAGAUAUUGUCUGGUAAUUUCACCUGAUAUUUUUUGCAAACCAGUAUUUAUAACCCGCAAAUGUGCCGUUGUCGAGUGUCUGUGCUGUCUAGAGCUCGGCAGAGUAACCGUGUAAUACUCUUCCGUAUCAGUAGGUGGCAGCAGGUAGCUAAUUGCUUCGUAGAUGUCGGAAACAGCGGAAGGCAGUGUGCAGGUAAAAAGGUGUCUAAUGCUUAAACCAAAAAUAAACAAAAGGUGAGUGCCCGUAAGAAAAUGCAUUGAGGCUUAGGGAAGGCUAUGCAAAACGAAGCAAAAACUGAACUGGCUGCAAAGUAAACGAAAACAGAAUGCUGGACGACAGCAAAGACUUACUGUGGAGCAGAGACGGCGUCCACAAUGUACAUCCGAACAUGACAUGACAAUCAACAAUGUCUUGAUUGCUAAAACAAAGCAGGUGUGGGAAAUAUCGCUCAAGGAAGACAUGAAACUGCUACAGGAAAAUACCAAGUAAAGAGAAACAGCCACUUAAAUAGGAGCGCAAGACAAAAAGUAAAACACUACACACAGGAAAAUAGCAACAAACUCCAAAUAAGUCAGGGCGUGAUGUGACAGGUGGUGACAGUACACCUACUUUGAGACAAGAGCUAUAUUGAUGCAUGGUCGUAUCCAACAAUUGCGACAACGACUUUUUAUUGUCAAUAUCGGCUGCUGAGUUUCAUUUUUUAAUGAUGUCUGCUGGUGGUGUGCCUAUGGAUUUUUAUAACGCAAAAAAUGUGCUUUGGCUCAAAAAAGUGUACCGUGAGAUAUUAUUUGGUGUGCCAUGGGAGAUUAUGUAAUUUCACCUAAUUUGGUUAAAAAUAUUUUUUGCAAACCAGUAAUUAUAAUCCGCAAAUAAUGUGCCGUUGUCGAGUGUCUGUGCUGUCUAGAGCUCGGCAGAGUAACCGUGUAAUACUCUUCCAUAUCAGUAGGUGGCAGCCGGUAGCUAAUUGUUUGUAGAUGUCGGGAACGACGAUGAUGGUUUGCAGGUAAAAAAGGUGUCUAAUGCUUAAACCAAAAAUAAACAAAAGGCAAGUGUCCCUAAGAAAAGGCAUUGAAGCUUAGGGAUGGCUAUGCAAAACGAAGCAAAAACUGAACUGGCUGCAAAGUAAACAAAAACAGAAUGCUGGACGACAGCAAAGACUUACUGUGGAGCAGAGACGGCGUCCACAAUGUACAUCCGAACAUAACAUUACAAUCAACAAUGUCCCCACAAAGAAGGCUAAAAAAACCUGAAAUAUUCUUGAUUGCUAAAACAAAGCAGGUGUGGGAAAUAUCGCUCAAGGAAGACAUGAAACUGCUACAGGAAAAUACCAAAUAAAGACAAAAAGCCACCAAAAUAGGAGCGCAAGACAGGAACUAAAACACUACACACAGGAAAAUAGCAAAAAACUCCAAAUAAGUCAGGGCGUGAUGUGACAGGUGGUGACAGUACACCUACUUUGAGACAAGAGCUUUAUUGAUGCAUGGUUGGUUAUGGUUUAAAGUCAUAUCCAACAAUUGAGGUUGAAAAACAAUGCUCUCGUCUAGUGUUUUUCAACCACACUAGUGUACCGUGAGAUAUUGUUUGGUGUGCCGUGGGAGAUAAUGUAAUUCCACAUUUUGAUGUCUAAAGUUGAA